GUUCCACACACAAGGUUGAGUGGCACUAUCUCACUCCCUCAUGCUAUCUCUUAACUCUAUCUAUCGUUGCCAGCUUUGAUUAUUUCUAAACUCUCCACCAGACUGCACCUGCCAGACCUGUUUGUGGAUCAUGCAUACCAAAGGAAGUACAGAAUGCUGUUGCUCUUUUGAAGACUACAAUCAGACGACAGAAUGGCUUCUGAGCCGGACGAGACACAGGCCUAAGAUCGCAGUUGUGUGUGGCUCUGGCCUGGGCCUUCUCGCCGACGGUGUUACCAACAAACAGACCUUCCCUUACGCAGAUAUCCCCAACUUCCCCGUCAGCACAGUCCCGGGUCAUGAGGGGUGUCUGGUGUUUGGUAUUCUAAAAGGCAAAUCCUGCGUCUUCAUGCAGGGAAGAUUCCAUCUCUACGAGGGCUAUUCACUCUGUAAGGUCACAUUCCCGGUGCGGAUCUUCAAGCUGUUGGGUGUGGAGACCCUCAUUGUGACUAAUGCCUCAGGGGGCCUGUGUCCGGACUUCAAAGUGGGCGACAUCAUGCUCAUUAAGGACCAUAUUAAUCUGCCAGGCUUCGCCGGCCAGCACCCUCUGUGCGGCCCCAAUGAUGAACGGUUUGGGAUCCGGUUCCCCUGCAUGUCAGAUGCCUACAGUAAGGACCUGAGGAAGCUAGCUCUGGAUAUCAGUCAUGAGCUGGACUAUACCAACUUUGUGCGGGAAGGGGUGUACUGCAUGGUGAGCGGGCCCAACUUCGAGACCAUCGCUGAGGCACGCAUGUUACAGGUCCUGGGGUGCGACUCUGUGGGCAUGAGUACGGUCCCAGAGGUGACAGUGGCCAAGCACUGUGGCCUGAGGGUCUUUGGUCUCUCUCUCAUCACCAACAUGGUCUCCCUGGACUACAGCCGUGAAGAGAAGGUGAACCAUGAGGAGGUCCUGGAGAUCAGCAAGAUGAGGGCGGAGCAUCUGCAGAUGAUGCUCAACACGCUUAUCGCCCGUUCCCACCAGCUGGACGAGGGUAUCAACGUCAACUGAAGGAGGGGGGAUGGAGAUAGAGAAAGAGACAGGCAGAGAGACAUACUCAAAUGUUGAAGGACACUCUCUGUCCCACACAGACACACACACAGAAAUGUACACACACAUGUGCAUACAUGCACACGUACAUACCAUUCACCUUGAAUAUUUAUAUAAAUCAACCACCCAUGAUGAAAGAAUUUAGUCAAUUUUUCUAGUUUAAUAAAAAUAUUCUAGAGAGAGAGAGAGAGAGAGAGAGAGAGAGAGAGAGAGAGAGAGAGAGAGAGAGAGAGAGAGAGAGAGAGAGAGGCAUUUCAUGACAAAUAGUGGGCAAAAAGAUAUACAACUGAACUAUUGUACAGAUGAUGGGGCUUUUCACUUCAAAUUCCUCCUGCUAUUCAGAGCUAGUGACAGAGAAAACACGUCCUAGAUUAUUAUAUUUAUACAGUGCUUGCUUUUUUGUUAUUAUCAUGUUUGGUUCCCCUCACUGUUUAUAACGAGAAUAAAACAAUUAUUUCUGUGCGUCAUUGUGUUUACCACAUAACACAAGUCUGUUUCAUAGAGUUGAUGAAAAACUACUAUUUUCAUGCUAAACAAUUAGUGUUACGAGUUAGUAUGACUGCAAUAACAGUGAGAGCUCAUGUAGAAAUGAUGUGUUUGUUGUAAGAAUUUACACUGCAACAGAAAAAACGUACAGAAAAACUUGGUAUCUUGCCAAAGCAAACGCUCUGUUCACUGCCUUGCCUUACAGUAAAUCGAAGUGCAUUCAGCUAUAAAAAAAACACUGCCAUCUUUCACAGGGCUCCUCAGCCAAUAUGGUGCAGUGGUACCUUCUGCACUGUAGUGAUAAGCUUGGAGAACACUGAUGUGUUCGUAACAAGGUUUUCCCAUUGUAAAUAUAUAGAUACAUAUAUAAAUAAACAUACAGUAGAUAUAGAUCAUA